AUGUCAAUUACUGAGUUUGCUUUGAGUUCAGUUUUCGAAGAGAAGGCACAUUGGGAAGGGCAACCGGAACACUGUUCUGGUGAGGCAAUCUUGAUUUACCUCAAUGUGGAUGGCGCUGUGACCCCACUGCGCGUACUGGGGUCCGAUUCCAUUGCUUCGGUGAAACUGAGGAUUCAGCAGUGCAAAGGCUUCGUGGUGAAGAAGCAGAAGCUGGUUUUUGGUGGCAGAGAGCUAGCUCGCAACGGCACACUCAUCAAGGAGUAUGGUGUCGCUGACGGCAAUGUUCUUCACAUGGUUCUUCGCCUCUCUGAUCUUCUUUUCAUUGUUGUGCGGACCGUUUCGGGGAAGGUGUUUGAGUUCCACAUAGACAGACACCGAAAUGUGGGUUAUCUGAAGCAACGCAUUAGAAAGAAAGGGGAAGGUUUCAUUGAUCUUGAGGAUGAUCAAGAGCUUUUCUGCAAUGAUGAGAAGCUCGAUGACGAGAGAGUCUUCCAUGACAUAUGCAAGAGUGAUGACGAUGUGAUUCAUUUGAUAAUUAAGAAAUCAGCUAAGAUUAGGACCACACCGAUUCACAAGGAUUUGAAUCUCUCCGUGAAGGCACCAGACGAGAGAGUAAAACAUUGCAGGGACAAAUAUGUUCAAAUAGCAAAGGUGCCACCUGACGUAUGUUUCUGGUUGGAACCAAUUAUUGUUAAUCCCAAGAUCAGUUUUUUUCCUUUCCUUUGGGAUAUGAUUAACUCCACAUUUGAAGGUUUGAAGAGAGGAAAUCACCCUAUUAGGUCCUCUGAGGGCACUGGAGGUACUUACUUCAUGCAAGAUUCAACAGGUCAGGAGCAUGUUUCGGUUUUUAAGCCCAUGGAUGAGGAACCAAUGGCUGUGAACAACCCAAGAAAUCUUCCAAGUUCAUCUAAUGGUGAAGGUUUGAAAAAAGGGACAAAGGUUGGUGAAGGAGCCUUGAGGGAAGUUGCAGCGUACUUGUUGGAUCAUCCAAAGAGUGGACCACGUUUGUUGUCCGGUGAAGAAGUAGGGUUUUCUGGUGUUCCACCAACUGUUAUGGUGCAGUGCCUGCACCAAAAGUUUAACCACCCAAAUGGAUUUUCUUGCUCCUCAAAAGAUGUUAAGAUCGGGUCACUGCAGAAGUUCAUUAGUAAUGAUGGUAAUUGUGAGGACUUUGGACCCUGGGCUUUCCCAGUGGAGGAGGUGCAUAAGAUUACUGUGCUUGAUAUAAGAUUGGCCAAUGCAGACAGACAUGCUGGGAAUAUAUUGAUUAGAAAGGAGGGAGAUGGCCGAAUAAAGCUCAUUCCUAUUGAUCAUGGUUACUGUCUACCAGAUAAAUUUGAAGAUUGCACAUUUGAUUGGCUUUACUGGCCCCAAGCGCGUCAGCCUUAUUCUCCUGAGACAGUUGAAUAUAUAAAUUCUCUGAAUGCUGAAAAAGACAUAGAACUUUUGAAAUGUUAUGGUUGGGAUAUUCCGCUCCAUAGUGCUAGAACACUUCGUAUUUCCACAAUGUUGCUGAAGAAAGCGGUUGAGAGAGGCCUCACUCCCUAUGAAAUUGGAAGCAUCAUGUGUCGGGAAAAUUUGAGCAAGGCAUCUCUGAUUGAAGAGAUUAUUGGGAAAGCCCAGGAUUCCAUGCUUCCUGGGUUGGAGGAAUCAGAAUUUCUUGAAGCCAUCUCACAAAUCAUGGAUUCCCAUCUUGAUAAGCUAGCAAACUAA